AUGCAGUCGCUCGUGGAACACUACAAGCACAAGGCCGAUACACGCGAGGACAAGCGUCGAUUGAACUCAUUACAGACAUCGUCAGCAACCGCUCUAUCCUCCUCUCCUGUUUUGGCGCUGCAGGAGGAUGACCCACUCGUCAAUCAGCAUGAGGAACAGCUGCGCGACGACGCAAAUCAAGCUUUUCAAAGCCUUCCCAACUACUUCCCGGACCCCCCUGCUGUCCUCCCUCCUCCUCUGCAGAAGGCCGUCUUCAUACCUCAGCGAAGGCUUGGUGACCGCCUACGCGGAUUCCAGCUCCUCUAUGCCCCCGACCUUGAAAGAAGCGGCAUAUCUGAGCAGAUUUUCAUCACCUUUCUCAACGUACUCAAUGUCGCGAUUGGCUUCGACAACAAGAUCAAGAUCUUCAACUUUGCCGUCGACGUUGGAACGAUUGCAUGUAGCUCUUGGGAGCUACUUGUAGCCACAAUUGGGACGCAGGCGCUCACUACGACAGCAGCCCAUGUCAAGAGCCGCGCUAAGAGUGAAGCAUACGUCGCUCACGCCAACGAGAGGCUCUUCCAUCCACGUGGUCUUCAUGCUCAAAUCGUGCCGGUCUUGAGUGUCUAUCCAUCCUUUCCUCUGCCACAAGAUCAAGACCGACAGUCCGAGUCUACGGCUGAAAUGCACAGCAGCUUUCAAUUCUCACUGGGAUCUCCCAACGUCCUCCCGGAAAGCCACCCGAAGGCCAAGGGCGGCCUUUUCAAUCUUAACAAGAGGCCAAUCGAGUACGACCCCUUCGACUAUGGUCCCGGCUAUGUGAGGAUCUCUCCUCACGAUUACGCUCCCCUUCGACCCUCCCAAUUCAGAGAGCCCGCCAACUCUCUCGUUGAUAAAGUGGCUGAGAAAGUCGAAAACUACAACGUGUGGCAAGACCGACUUCCAGCCAAGAAAUAUGCUCGCAAACAGAAGCGACGCCAAGAGACCAUUGACAAGAUUCGCAGUCAGGAAGGUGAAGCUGGCGUCCUUCGUUUUCUACAGAAAGAGGAGCAGGAGCAUCAGCAAGAGCUCAAUAAAGACAAAAACACCUUUAACCGGUUCUUGGAUCGCAAUAAGGUCAUUCUCAUUGUCACUAACCUUGACGAUGAAGCACGAGCAAAGAUGCAAUGCACUCUUGCAAGUGCUCGUCGCUGA